CCCUAGAAUUAAAAUAAAAUCACCCUCGCUUUUCUCUUCUCUUUCAGACACAUACCCGGCGUCUCAUAUCGCAGUGUAGUGAACGACUUUUGCCGUUUUUUCUCUUCACAAUCUCUUCAUAUUUAUAUAUAAGAAAGCAUUAGUUCGAGACUUAUCUCCGUUGUUAAAUUUGAACGUGAAAUUUCUUUCUUUCUGUAUUUCUGGGUAAUUCUUCAGCGGCCACAUCUAGUUUUAGCUUUACAGAGUCGACAUGGAACUGUCUAUAGAAAAUUCAUGUUUGGAAGGUGAUAGCAAUGCAUUAAUCUUGCCUGCGAAGAAAUCAAAUAAAAGGAAAGGAAUGAAUCGGAAAGAUGAAAGAUUCCAACAAAAUAAACAACCAAAGCUGAGCAAAUACCAGCAAAGGAAAUUGAAGAAGCUGGAGGAGGAGAAGGAGAAAGAAUUUUUGCUAGCAAAAAGCAUUGAGACCUUGGAGAAAUACAAGAUACCUGAGGAUGCCUUUUCUCUUCUCCGAUCAUCAAAAAAUAUAAGUCGGGUUGAAACUGUGAAAGAAAAACGCAUUAUGGCUGUACAAUUUUCCAAGGCAGGUCUAGGAGUUUCACAUGGUGAUGGUACUUCCCGUGAGACAGAAGCUGAAUCAGAAAAAACGCACUCACAGCAAGCUAUGGAUGAGAAUGACCUUUGGCUUCAGCCUUUGGUGACAGAAACUGAAAUCGUAAUUGAUGCUUCUAAUCCAAUGGCUAGUUGCCAAAAGCUAGGUAGUGGCAAUACACCUGGCCUGGAUGGUGCAUCUGCUUCUGUCUUCUCAGCUGAAGAAGUUUGUAGUCUCAAUACCUGUAAACCUAUUCAAGAAGACUCUAAGCAUUCUUCAUUAGAAACCUCACAGUCAAUGGGUAAAUCAGAUGAGAAAGUAAUCGUAGAUUCGGCAAAGCCUAGCAAUUUACCAGAUUGUUCUUUGCAAAGACAUAUAGAAACCCCAACAGUGGUGCAUGUGGUAAGGCCAAAUGAGGUGGAAGAGAAGAGGAAGGAUCUUCCAAUAGUUAUGAUGGAGCAGGAGAUAAUGGAAGCUAUAAAUUAUCAUUCCACUGUUAUUAUCUGUGGAGAAACUGGGUGUGGCAAAACUACACAAGUUCCUCAGUUCCUCUAUGAAGCAGGCUUUGGUUCUAAUCAGUCUCUUGCUCGAGGUGGGGUUAUUGGAGUUACUCAACCACGUCGUGUUGCUGUUCUUGCAACCGCUAGACGUGUGGCAUAUGAGCUUGGCCUUCAUCUUGGUAAGGAGGUUGGCUUUCAAGUGAGACAUGACAGGAGGAUUGGAGACAGUUCUGCAAUCAAAUUUAUGACUGAUGGAAUUUUAUUACGAGAACUUCAGAGUGAUUUUUUAUUAAAGCGUUACUCUGUCAUAAUACUGGAUGAAGCUCACGAGAGAAGUGUGAACACAGACAUACUCAUAGGAAUGCUCUCUCAUGUCGUUCGACUCCGCCAGAAGACAUAUGAGCACCAACAAAAGUUGGUGCUUUCAGGACAAAGCAUAACCCCUGAAAAUAUGAUUUUUCCCCUCAAACUAGUCCUGAUGAGUGCCACUUUGCGAGUGGAAGAUUUUGUUUCUGGAACCAAGUUAUUGCGUUACUCUUCUCCUGUCAUUGAAGUUCCCACCAGACAGUUUCCAGUAACUGUGCAUUUUUCGAAGAGAACAGAUAUUGUGGACUACAUUGGCCAAGCCUAUAAGAAGGUCAUGUCAAUCCACAAGAGGCUGCCACAAGGAGGCAUACUAGUGUUUGUCACGGGGCAGAGAGAGGUAGAGUACUUGUGCCAGAAGUUACACAAAGCAUCAAAACAACUGACUACUAGAGCUGUUGAGGGGAACGAAUUCUCCACUGCAUCUGAAAUAAAUUCGAUCGAGGGAAUUAACAUGAAGGACAUCAAUGAGGCAUUUGAGAAUCGGGGGAACUCAGAUGAACAUCAAACUGACAGAUUUAGCUCCCUCGAUGAAGAUGUGCCAUUUUUUAAUGAGGAUGACUCAGAUAUCUCUCAUGAUUCAGAAACAGAGAGCGAAUUGGAAUUUGUCAGUGAUGAUGUAGAUUCCGCUGACCAGAGCAUUCACAAAAAUGGCAGUAAUGUCUUAGAUGUUUUAGGAGAGGAAGGGAGUCUUUCCUCUCUAAGGGCUGCUUUUGAAGCAUUGGCUGGAAAGCCUGAAUCUGAAACUAAUUCUGAGGGUAAACAGACUCCUUUUGUGCCAGAAGAAUGGGUAGAGCAGUCUAACCACAGUGUAGGGAAGAAUAGUAGAGGAGGUAAGGGCAUCUCUAUUGGUGCAUUGCGUGUUUUGCCUCUUUAUGCCAUGCUUCCUGCAGCAGCACAGUUGCGUAUAUUUGAUGAGGUCAAGGAAGGGGAGCGGCUUGUUGUGGUUGCCACUAAUGUUGCUGAAACCUCUUUAACCAUCCCAGCCAUAAAGUAUGUUGUUGAUACUGGAAGGGAAAAAGUGAAGAACUAUAACCCCUCUAAUGGCAUGGAAACAUAUGAAAUACAAUGGAUCAGUAAGGCAUCAGCUGCUCAACGGGCUGGACGAGCUGGUAGAACUGGGCCUGGCCACUGUUACCGCCUCUAUUCAUCUGCAGUCUUUAAUAACAUACUCCCUGACUUCUCUUGUGCUGAAAUCUCUAAAGUGCCUCUUGAGAACAUUGUUCUUAUCCUGAAAUCCAUGAGCGUUAAGGUAGAAAAUUUCCCUUUUCCAACUCCUCCAGAGGCCAAUGCAUUGAAAGAAGCAGAAGAUUGCUUAAAGAUUCUUGAAGCACUUGAUGAAAAUGGGAGAUUGACAGCCCUCGGGAAGGCCAUGUCUUAUUUUCCCAUGGGUCCUCGCCACUCUCGAAUGCUUCUUACUGUUAUCCAAAUUUUGAAGUUUAGAAAUUUUGCCAGGCCGCAUCUGAUUCUAGGUUAUGCAGCUGCAGCAGCUGCAGCAUUGAGCUUGUCUAAUCCUUUUCUGAUACAGUUUGAAGGAAGUCAGGAUGAUAACAAUGUCUUAGAUCAGGAUGGGGGAUCUGGCACCUUAGACAAUAAGAAAAACUUGGACAAGCAGGAAAAAUUGAGAAAAAAGAAACUGAAAGAGACACUCAAAGUCUCUCGAGAAAAGUUUUCCAAUCUGACCAGUGAUGCUCUGACUAUAGCCUAUGCAUUACAGUGUUUUGAACUUUCUAAUAGCCCAGUUGAGUUCUGCUCUGAAAAUGCACUACACCUUAAAACCAUGGAAGAAAUGUCCAAGCUAAGAAAGCAGAUUCUCCAACUAGUCUUUAAUAAAAAUGUUAAUCAUGGGUUUGAGCAGGAUUUCUCUUGGAGUCAUGGAAACAUGGGGGAUGUAGAACAAGCUUGGAGGGUCUUAUCCAGAAAACUUAAAUUGGAUGAGGAAGAGCUCUUAUGCCAAGCUAUCUGUGCUGGCUGGGCAGAUAGAAUUGCAAAACGAAUCAGAGGAGAUUCAAAGUCAUCUGAAGGGGACAGAAGAGUAAAUUCUGUACGGUAUCAAGCCUGCAAGGUUAAAGAAGAUGUAUUCCUCCAUCGUUGGUCAUAUCUUUCGAGUUCACCUCCUGAGUUUCUGGUAUACAGUGAAUUGCUGCAUACAAAGCGGCCAUACAUUCAUGGAGCAACAAGUGUUAAACCAGAGUGGAUUGUCAAAUAUGCUGGGUCUUUAUGCAGACUUUCUACUGUUGAGGAUCCCAAACCAUAUUAUGAGCCUGAAACUGAUCAAGUAUAUUGUUGGCUCAGGCCAACUUUUAAGCCUCAUCUGUGGCAGCUUCCACUGUGCAGUCUGCCAAUUAGCAAUGACAUAGAUCGUGUGAAGGUCUUUGCUUGUGCCUUGCUUGAAGGCCAGGUUUUGCCAUGCUUAAGACCCUGCAGGGAACAUAUGGCAGCCCGUCCUAGUAUCAUUUUGAACCAAGAAGCCGCAGGUGAAAGUCGGGUUGGAAACCUUUUAUACAAGUUAAAUACAAAGUUCGUUGAUAGCUGUGCGAUGUUAAGAGAGCUGUGGAAACAGAAUCCUGAUGAACUGCAUUCUGAGAUUCUACACUGGUUUAAGAAGACUUAUUACAGUAAAUUUGGAGAACUUUGGUCAAGAAUGCAUAUCGAAGUUCAGUUGGAGCCCCAUGAACGCUUUAGCAAAAGGUGAAGAAAAAAGGGCUAGUUUGUGAGCUAGAUACAAGAUGUCCAAUUAUUGAUGGGUUAUUCGUUGUCUGAAAGAGCUGCCUUGGUUUGACAAGGAAAAGAAGUAACACAAGUAAUUUCCUCUGUAAUUUAGGCUAAAUCCACCAAUUAGCUUAUGCCUAAGGUAAUCUGGGGGCUCAUCUUUGCUUGGAGUAGAAAUAUGGAUAUAGAUGAGUAAACAAGUAAACAAGUUUGCUGUUGUUCUCCCUUGGUGGUGAAGUUCAAGCGUUAAGCUGUCACCUUGGGAAAGCAUCAUUAUUUCUUUCUGAGACAGUUCCAAAGCAAGCAGUAGAUUAUCUUAACAAAGUCUGCUGAUGAUGAUGGUCAAUACUCCCCUAGUAGAUACUGAAGACGAGCUGAUAAGAUUUGUCUCUUAUGAUGUUAGUUAAUGGCUGACUGGAUGGCUAAAAAUAGUUGGUUGGUUUGUGCCAUUGUAAUUGGGUUGACCAACUACGGAAUAUCUACUAAAUGAUUCAGCUUUAGUCCUCUUCUUCCAUCCAAUGCUGAAUCAAAUUCACUGAUCUAGAUCUUGGUAGGGCAUGCAAUAUUGCAAUAUAAUGGAGAAAGCCUGUCCAUUCCUCUCGGCAAAUGAGAGGCAAUUAAAAACAGAAAUGAAACUUUACUUCUUUUUUUUCUCUUUAAAUCAAAUGAACUAAAGUUGUCCUUU